AUGGAAAUACCAAAGAUGAAAAUAUUAAUAUACGUUUUAACGUUUUUGGGAUACGCAUGGAGCGGUUACGGUUCCGGUUUAUUGGAAAAUAUACGAGAUGCCGUCGAAGCAGCCGAAGGUUUUUUCGUUAAUUUUUUAGAAAACGCAGGAGAUAUUGUCAAAAAAUUAAACGAAGGUUAUCGAAUUUUAGAUGCAUCCAAGGAUAAUUGUAAAUUUUCAUGUCCUUCAGGUGAAAUUCCAGUUAAAAAUAAAUAUUACAAACCGAGCAGUAACGGAUGUGGAACUGAUAUAUUAAAAUUAAAGAUUAAAGAAUAUAUUCCUAGUUUAGAUAUGACCGAAUGUUGUGAUCAACACGAUUUGUGCUACGACACAUGUAAUAAUUUAAAAUCUCACUGUGAUAAUUUGUUCAAAGAUUGCCUUUAUAAAUUAUGUGAUAAUAGCAGUAAAUUAGAUCCCCUAGUUAAAGCUUGUAAAGUGGCAGCUUCUAUGGCUAGCGGAUCCAUGACUCUGGGUUGUAAAUCAUAUCUUGAAAGUCAGAAAAAAAGUUGUUAUUGUUCAUUGAGCGACAAGAAAAGAAAAUAUGAAGCAGGCGGAGAAUUGUAA